AUGCUCUUGCAGGCCAAUUGCGAGAAGAUAUUAGAUGCCACUGCCACUGUCAAAGACACUAUUGUAAAGUCUGUCUUUUGCUGUGAUUCGCUCAACAACUUUCUUGCUCCCGGCUUGGCGACGGGCAUGUGGGGCAUCACACUUGAAGGAAAGCUCAUGCCACGUGAUGUUGCAACACAUUGGAACUCCAUGUACGAGAUGCUGGUUUUCACAUUAGAGUAUCAGGAACCCAUUGAUCGCAUAACGAGUGAUAAAAGCCUCAAGCAGGCUAAAAGAUAUGAAUUGGAUGACAAUGAGUGGAAAAUUGUUGCUGACCUCAUUGUGGUCCUCUCUCAAUACAAGAAGGCUACCUUGUUCUUCUCUCAGGACUCAGCAACUAUCACAGCUGUGAUACCAGCAAUGGACAAACUCAAUAGCAAGCUCAAUCAACAGACAAAGGAGCCAUAUCACCCUGCAGUUAUAUCAGCUAUGCACCUUGCGAAGAACAAGAUAGAUUGCUACUGGAAGAUUACAGAUCUCUCCAAUGUAUACCGCAUUGCCAUGGGCCGCUCUAGGCUUUUGGUGGUGUUCUGCCGUGUCAUUGUUGCCAACUCUUGGAAGGACUCCACCCUCACAGUUUACCAACUCGGUGUGAACUGUUUUCUGGCUUUCUGCUCGGCCAAUAACAUCCACAGCUUCUUCACUCUCCCUGCCAAUAAAUUCCUUCUCUGUGCCUUUGCCGCCUUCAAGGCUGGCUCACGCUCUAGCAGUGCCAUUGCCAACAACAUGUCUGGUAUCCGGGCCUGGCACAUCCUCAAUGGGGUCCCUUACCAAGAGGGCAUCCGCCUUGCCUAUACUAUCCGUGGUGCCCACCGGGCCACCCCUUCAGACUCAAAACGGCCUGCCUGUCUUCCUGUCACCAUUGACAUGCUCAUCCUUCUGCACUCCCACCUCUCACCCUCCAACCCUCUCAAUGCUGCUUAUCUAGCAGCGGCAGACUGCACUACAGUCUACCUGGGGCCAAGCUCACCUAGGCGAGUUUCUGCCUGUUUCUCAGGCCAAGUUCUUGCCUUGCCACUUCCCUACAGUGGCAAACCUGCAUCCAAUAUCCACCACUGGUCGCUCUCACAUGCUCUUCCUCCCUUGGUCCAAAUUGCAUGUGAGCAUGGUGAGGAUGUAUUCCUGGGUUGCCAACAUGCACCCUCUGACCCGAUUGCCUCACUUGACAAUCAUUUGUCAGUCAACUGCCUCCUCCCAUGCUCGCACCUUUUUGCCUACCAAGGCCCAUCUGGGACUCUUGUGCCCCUCACAAAAUAG